CUUCAGGCGGAUGUUACACUGGCGUUGGAACCUCAGUUUUCCUUUAAAUCACUUUUAUUUUGGUCGGAUUUGAUUUGUGAGGACCUGUAUGACAGACAUGACACGGUACUAUUUUAGCAGGUCGUGUUGACAGGAAACUACUGUGUUCGAUAGAAAAAAUAACGUUGAAUUAAGUGUUCUAACGUUUUAGGAGAUGAGAAGUAUUUCAGAGUAAGCAGAAACCGAACCAUGGCUGGAUAUCUGGAUGUCACUCUUAUUGUUCUGGCGUGUUUCUCUGUGGUGGUCGCUGCAGCUACAUCAGAAACAGGGAAACCACCACCCCCUAAAAUCACACAGAGUGGAAAACAUCUUUCAUUUGAAUCAAGUAUCCCUAAUCCUGCUCAGUGCUGGGAGUGUAUUUUUCACUUAAGAAUAUGUGAAGCGGUCAGUGAUAUUAGCACAAGUAAUUGCUCAGCACAGGUGGAAUAUGACGAGGCCUGCAAGUAUACUGUCCAAGUACAGAUUAAAUAUGUAGAGCUGUGUGGGAUUGGGAAUAACAGUGAAAUAAGCAAGCCUGCAUAUUACGGUGAGGAUGGUGAUCCAGACAUGUCCUUUAAAGUGGCUAUGUUUGUGAUUCCUGUUAUAGUGUCCUGCUGUCUUAUUGUGGCUCUAGUGCAGUUCUGGAGACACAAGGAAAAAAUUUUCCCAAAAAUUCCCAAUCCAUCACACCUCUAUAAUGACCUGGUGAACAGAAACAUGAAACAGGGCCUAAAUGUGGGAGACCUCUUUGUGCCUCAUGAAGAGGUGGUGGAGAAUGUCACAGUGGAACCAAAUUCUACACUGCUACAUCCAUAAUUCUGAGCAUUGUUUAUCUCUUCCUUUUCACUGACCACUUCAUUCUGCUCAUCAUUUCAUCAUUUGCAGCUUUCUGUACGUGUUUUUGGGAGAUGGGAAAUAACCAAAGUAUCCAAAGGAAGCCUACAAACUCUGUUCCAGAACUGUACCCGCUGUGCUGCCUUGACUAUACUCACUACAGCAAAAUCCUGCUGUGACUUGAGAAUGAGAUUGUAAUAUUACUUAGUGUGUUUGUUGCUGUUUACCUCAUUUCAGAUAUCGGAUACGACAAAAGAUACAUAUAAAAGAAAAACAAAUAACAUUAUUGGUUUAUUUUGUUUUUAGAAUGUUAGAAUUAUUACAGUUAUUAUAGAUACUUAUUAUCACUAAGAAUUAUAAUAAUUAUAAUGUUCAGUAAAUGCGCCAUCCUAGGUAAACUUUAUUCUAGAAACACUGGGCACACAGGUUACACCCCGGGGAAAAGCACUGAUGCAUCACAGAGCAUCACAUACACACUCACUCAUUCACCCUUACACAUGGUGCUAGUUUACGUCUUCUGUUGUGCUAAUAAUAAAGUACAAUUAAAAUGUUACUGGGUUCGA